CGAAGAAGAGAACGCGGAAAAAGUGCUGAUCGUCGAUAAAGUAACAACAAACAACGUACAUGUUGUGUUAUGUUGUGUUAUCUACACGCCACGUGUUUAAUAGUAGACGUUUGGACAUCAAAUAAGUAGAGUAUUUUAGUUUGUGAUGGCGGACAAUUGGACGAAUAGAAUUGCUGCUUUCUUUCGUAGUCCUUGUAUGUUUAUUUCUUCAUCAUCAGCAGAUAUUUUCUUAGCGGAACUACUUCAUGAACUCCGAGAUGACAAAGUCAACUACAUUACUAAAAUUCUCCUGCUGUCGCCGCUAUGCGAGCAUCCGUCCCUCCUUUGCUCCUCCCAAUCUGUCGGUGAGGAGACGGUCUUGGAGCUCCUGUCUCUUUUCGUCCAGUGUCCGCCCAAAUGUCCGGCGUAUCGCACCCACCUCCUCAUCGCCCUCACCUCCGUCUUCAUCUGCACCUUCUGUGUGAGCCGAGAAGGUCAGCUCUGUGAGGACUUCCUGGACGUGCUCCUUCAGAUGGUGCAGGACACGUCCGACUUGCCAGCCGACCCUUUGCUGAAAGCCACAGCGAGCGAAUGCCUGCGAGAGAUGGAGGCGUGCUGUCCAGGACUCCUGUCUCAGCACCUGGAGCUGCUCGCUGGACUUGGGACGAAAGAAAGUUCCAGACUUCACCAGCCUUACGCGGGACUUCAUACUCUGGUGUUGAGGAACUGUGUAUAUAGACUGGCCCUAGACCCCGCAUGUGGCGACGAGCAUCUGCAAGCACUGUUGGGGGUAAAUGCAUUUCCCAGCCCGGAAGCAGAGCAGGAAGUGGUAGGAACGAACAAAGACUUGGUCAUCUUGUCCUCCCUCCUCAUGGACCACAUGGACACCGUGCCCGUUCUUCAGGUGGGGCGAGACUGCAAGGAUCUGCGCUGCGUCUUGUCUUCCAUCCUGGAGAAUAGUUUCCUUUUCACGCCGCUGUGUCAGGCGACGACUCUCCACAGACUGAUGGAGGUGGUUGCCAUGGUGCCGGCUGUCCCGCCGUCCAUAUUCAGGUCUCAGCUGCUGCGGCUGCUCGGCACCAGUGAGGUGUGUCUUCUCCACAGCACCCUGCUGAUGAAGUGCGCGUACACGGACAGCCUGUUCAGCACCGACGACGAAGCAUUCCUCCUGAAGCGUUUGGUCGUUCUCUCCCAACAUCCGCUGCUCAAGAAACCCGAGAAGCUUUUCUUCAUGGACUACAUUUUGCAUUUCCCCGAGAACCGGCCCAUCGGCUGUGGGAGCGGUCCGGAAAGCGUCCCCGUGCUGCUGACGCCCCACUUGGGCAGCACUCUGGCGCCCACCGUGCUGGACGACGACGCUUCCAUGCUGGCGCGCUUCAACCUGCUGGCGCUGAUCUACCAGGAGGAAGACGGCGGCGAGGAGAGCAAGGGGAUGUUGUAUCUCCACCAGCACGUCACCUCGCUCCUCCGCCUCGUGGAAAAAGGAUGCGGCAGAGAGAUGGCGGUCACCUUUUUUCGCGCCAUUUUCCUGUUUCUCGUCUACUUUUGUCCCGUGGGGAAGUACUCUCGCAGCAUCGCAGAUCAACUCUGCGAGCUGUAUCGGCGUCGACCGCGCCUGGCGCCAAACAUCAUUAACUUGGCCGACCGGACGGUUGACGUGUUCCCCGAAUGCCGCUGGGCUGCGCGGCUGUGCAGGGCCCUGCAGGGAGCCAUCGUUGAGGCUCCGCCCUCUCACUUGACCUCGCAAGACCUCACCUGGCACCUGAAGGUGUUGGCUCGGGUGGCGGAGGAAGACCAAAUCCCUCAGCGACGCACCCUCAGCCUUCUUUCCGCCAUGCUCACAGCACCAUCGUCGCCGCUGCGGACGAGUGCGAACUGGCGUCUGGGAAACGCCAUGCUGGAUGUUUGCCGGCGCCUGAUGACACACGCCAGCCUGAGCUCGCUGUUCGUCCCUCUGGCCGACAUCCUGCAGCGCCUGGCAGGUUGCUACGGCGACUCAGACAUCGAGGAUCACGCCCGGCUGUACUACACCCUCCUGACGAGUCUGAGCAAGGAGAAGAUGUCCGGUGUCGUGGCGCGGGGUGCGCGGGAGGAGGGCCAGCAGACCAAGCAGCGCUCGCUGUCCUGCAUCAUGGCGGACGGCGAGAAGCUGAGCGUUCACCCGACCUAUCAAGACGUGUUCAGGCUGGAGGAGGUAAGAAACCAAAGCCACCUAGAAGGGGAGUCGUUUCCCGAGCGGACAGACGGCGCUUCAGGACUUGAAGCCUACAGAGAUCAAUUCAAGGAUCCUCGCUUUGGCUCUCAGCUGUCCUUGUUCUAUCAUCUCCGCCCACUUCCCAGCAUGCCCUGCUUCCAUCAGCUCUUCAGCAUCCGCCUGCACUUCAGCUUCCGGGACCAUCCCUGCCAAGACCUCGGCGACCUCCAUGUCCCCUGCCUGUUGGCGGGGACGACAUCUCCCGUGGUGAAGCUCAGGCUGAAGCCCAGGUUGCCAGUCCCCACCGUCCUCCGCGCCAGCGCUCUGUUCAGCACCUCCAACGGUCUAACUUGGCACACGUCCCUGCCAGACGUCCACGUGGUCCUUCAGCAGACCCUGAGACCUCUGCCCGUCCCCGACACUUGGCCCCCAGCAGACAAGCUGCGUGUGUUUGAGAGCCUGUGGGAGGAAAUCAGCCAGGAACAGAAAGAAGAUGCCAGGAGCUUGUUUUGUUGCCAGAUGCAACCAAAGGAAGUGGAAGCUUUGGUGCAGAAACAUCUGCUCCCCUUUGUCGUAUCGGACCUUUCUGAGCGGGCCAAAGUCCGCUUGCUCUUUUUCAUUCCGCCACAGUUUCACAUCCUGAUGAAAGUGGCGUCAGAAGAAGACGCCGUCCACUUCAAUAUUGCCACGGAUAACUGGCGGCUGCUGCCUCACGUGACCUCCUUUCUGUGCACUUUGACCGCCAGUCCAUGAAACCCUUACUACUCAGUGACUGAACAACAACAACUUCUUCUGUAGGACUCUAAAAUCUCUUGUCACACAAAAUCGGCCAUCCUGAAAACAUUUUAGAAGCCUUGACACUGUGACACUUCGUACCGUGACAGAUAGGCGUGUCCCGAAUUGAUAUUCGUGUCGAUAUCAGCAGAAAGCGCAAGUAUCGGAUUAUCUGGGCUUGCAUGUGUAAUACAAGCAGUUUCCUAGUGCGAAGCUGGACAACCAGCUAACAUCCAAAUCUCCAAUAAACACACACGUUUAAUCUUUUCUUCUUAGUCAAGUCAUUUACAAAAGGCAAACAUGGUAGGCUUGCAGCUACACAACAGCUAAGCACACCAUGGUGCAAGCUAGAAAUGCCUAAUAAGGGUCUUUUUUGAACAACAUUGCAGUCUAAAAUGUGUCAAUAUAAACAAGUAUCAAAUAGUUACAGUCGCGUAAUACUUACACAUACAAGCUCUUUAUGGGAAAAAGCGUAUUAGAAAGUAUCAAGUAACAAACGUGUCCGCAUCAUUCAAUAUACUGCGACAUGAGCGCAACUUAAUACAUUGUUGUGGUCACGAGGUGUCGCCAAAAAUAAAAAUUAAAAAAAAUAAUUACCGUAUUUUUCGGAGUAUAAAUCGCACCGGCCGAAAAUGCAUAAUAAAGAAGGGAAAAAACAUAUAUAAGUUGCACUGGAGUAUAAGUCACAUUUUUUAGGGAAAUUUAUUUGAUAAAACCCAACACCAAGAAUACACAUUUGAAAGGCAAUUUAAAAUAAAUAAAGAGUAGUGAACAACAGGCUGAAUAAGUGUACGUUAUAUGACGCAUAAAUAACCAACUGAGAAUGUGCCUGGUAUGUUAACGUAACAUAUUAUGUUAAGUUAAAGUUAAAGUACCAAUGAUUGUGGUAAGAGUCAUUCAAAUAACUAUAACAUAUAGAACAUGCUAUACGUUUACCAAACAAUCUGUCACUCCUAAUCGCUAAAUCCCAUGAAAUGUUAAACGUCUAGUCUCUUACGUGAAUGAGCUAGAUAAUAUUAUUUUAUAUUUUACGGUAAUGUGUUAAUAAUUUCAGACAUAAGUCGCUCCUGAGUAUUAGUCGCACCCCCAAACUAUGACUUAUAGUCCGAAAAAUACGGUAAUUUACUUUCCCUAAAUAUCUAAAAGUAUUCAUAUUAUUUUCAUGUCAUAUUAUGCUCCUUCCAGUGUUGUUGUUUUUAGUUUUAGUUUGUAUCCAAUCAGAAUUCGGCUAGCUUAUGUUGCCAUGCUGUACGAAAUCUGCCAGAGGCCUUCAGAAGCAACAAUGCAGGCGUCCGUGCACUGUAAGUGAACGGGGACAUACAGUUGAUAGACAGUUGCGAUAGCCAAUCAGAUCACGAGUUGUUGACAGUAAUGCCUUCUAGAUGGCCUCACGUUGAACGUGACAUUUAUGUGUCCUGUGAUUGGAUACUCACCUGGGCCGUUAGCAGAUGAAUUUGAGAACACAUACAGUUGAUAGACAGUUGCGAUAGCCAAUCAGAUCACUAGUUGUUGACAGUAGCCUAUCUAGGUAGCCUGAUGUUAACGAGACUGUUAACUCCAAAGUGAGUAUCCAAUCACAAGUUGCAACUUAGCAGGAAGUGUUGACCCACAAAGAAGGAGAAUAAAAUGUUGAUUACGUGGCAGAUAUACAUUGUGAUGUUAUGAGCUAGGUAACAUAAGAACUCCAUUACCCAGCAUGCCACAGUAAUGAAGACCAUGCGCAGU